AGCUGGCGGUCAAACUUUUGAACCUCGGGCGCGCCCUCUGGACUGUGGGCGUGGUAGCUACCGUCCUUCAUACUUGGGGGGAGGGAGGGGGCACGUGAGUAAGAGAGUAUGAGAGUCAGAGAGUAAGAGAGAGUGCGCGGGAGAGCGAAGUUGUCCUCGUCGACCUCAUGGCGGUGCAAGGUAGAGAGAGAGAGGAUGAGCAUGUCACUGAAACAUGGGGAUAUUCUGGUUGUUUUCCAGGAGGAAAGAGGAAAUUGUGGGUGAGGUUCAAGAACAGCAGGCCCACUGAAGUGGAGGUCUCAGAUACUGAUGUCCAUGUUGAUCAUCUGAAGAAGCGACUGAAGGGUUUGUUUCCGAGACAUUUGAGUCACAUCGAGGCAUUUGAAUUCUGCAUCAAGCAAGAUGAGACUGAUACAGAGGCAAUCCCAGAGGACACGAUUUUAGACCAGCUCAGGUCAAUAAAUGGUGCAAGCUCACCCCUCAUAAUUGAUGCUCCAGAGCCACAUUCGAAGUAUAUGGCUGUCUCUCCAUGGGUCCCCGCUUGCUCUGAUCAUUGUUACACGUCACACACAGAUCCUGACGUUUGUGGAAAAAGAGGCGAGCCGGUGAAAAUGCCGCCGGAGAUAGAUGGAGUAGUCGCUAAGUACCCUGAUCUAUUUGAACAGCCGACAGGAGUUGUUGAGAGGGAGGUCGUCCACACGAUAGAGAUUAUCCCAGGAUCUAGUAUUCCGAAGGGUAGGAUCUAUCGGAUGUUUCCAACUGAUCUCGAUGAGCUUCGUCGACGGCUCAAGGAACUCAUAGAGAAGGGUUGGAUUCGGCCUAGUGUCUCCUCUUAUGGAUCACCAGUCUUAUUUGUACCGAAGAGGGGGGGGACCUUGAGGAUGUGCAUUGACUAUAGGGGCCUCAAUGCCAUCACUGUGAAGAACGCAGAGCCCCUACUGCGCAUCGAUGACUUGUUGGACCGAGUGCAAGGGUGCCGGUACUUCAGUAAAAUAGAUCUGAAGUCCGGGUACCAUCAGAUUGCAAUCCGGCCCGAGGAUCAACACAAAACCGCUUUUAAGACCAGGUACGGUCGGUACGAGUUUGUGGUGAUGCCUUUCGGUCCUUGCAAUGCUCCUGGCACCUUUCAGCAUGCAAUGAAUCGGAUUUUUCAUGACUACUUGGAUAAGUUUGUCAUAGUGUACCUCGAUGACAUACUUAUUUUCAGUAGGACUGUCGAGGAGCACGUUGGCCAUUUAGACAAAGUCCUUAGCCUCCUUCGACAGCACCAGUUCAAGAUCAAGGGGGAGAAGUGUAAGUUUGGCCGCACCCGGAUCUUGUACUUGGGUCAUGAGAUUUCCACGGAGGGAUUGAAGCCCGAUGACGCGAAGGUGGCCAGCAUUCGUGACUGGCCGUGUCCUCAGUUUGUGAUUGAGAUGAGGUCCUUCUUGGGGAUGACCGGCUACUACCGUAAUUUUGUCAAGAACUAUAGCAUAGUGGCCGCCCCGUUGACGGACCUGACACGCCUUGACACCCCUUGGGAGUGGACAGACAAGUGUGACGCUGCUUUCAGACAUCUGAAGCAUGCCCUCACUCACCAUGAGGUCUUGAAACUGCCCGAUCCUGACAAGCCAUUUGUUGUGACCACGGAUGCCAGCCAAUAUGGCAUUGGUGCUGUACUUGCGCAGCAGGAGGGGAAAAAGUUAAGGCCGGUAGAAUUCACCAGUGCUUUGUGGAAGGCUGCAGCUGCAGCACAGGAAACACAGCUGCAGAUGACUUCUGGGAACCACCCAGAGGCAAAUGGCCAAGCAGAGCAGCUGAACCGCGCUGUACAACACCUGUUGCGGCACUGCAUUAAGCCCAAUCAGGUGGACUGGGAUGAGAAACUUGCUCUCAUUGCCAGCCUGUACAACAAUGCUGUGCACAGCGCUACUGGGGUAAGCCCUAACAGUCUGCUACUGACUUUCAAGCCUAGACUGCCCCUAGACUUUCUACUACCUGACAACCAGCCAAAUGCUGCACCGGGCACACUUGAAUUUGCCUAUCGUUAUGAACAACUGAUGCAGCAGGAAGUAGAACAGAUGCAUAAGGUACAGGCGACAAUGAUAGAGUCUGAGAACAAACACCGCCGCCCCUCUACAUUUCAGGUAGGGGAUAGAGUCUGGGUAAAGUCCUCAAAACUGAGACAGGAGCACGGGAUCUCCCGCAAGCUCAUGCCACAGUACUUUGGACCAUGGGAUGUUCUGGAUGUUGUUGGGGGAGAUCCGGAUGGGCCAUCUUAUGUAAUCCGGAUCCCUGGUCAUCUUCGCACUUACCCUGUCUUUCAAGCCUCCAAACUCGCACCUUUCGAGGAAGCUGAUCAGUUUCCCUCUCGUCGCUCAAUGCUGCCCCCAACCACGGAUGGAGAGGUCGACAUCGAUGACAUCGUGGACCACAGGGAAAUGCCAGUUCCAAGACCAACAGGCAGGGGGCGUCCUCCUAAGCCGAAGCUGCAGUAUCUCGUUCGGUUCAGACAUCACACUGAUCCUAAGGAGGACAUAUGGUUUACCAGGGAGGAACUGAUGCAGACGGCUCCACAGGCUGUCGCUCACUACGAGAAGUCACUGCAGAAAGGAAAGCGCCAGAUUGAGUAAUGUUACUUCUCAGAGGACUGCCGAAGUAUGGAGGAGGGAAUGCGAGGCCCAAGGCCUCGAUACGCCCUACUGGGCUCUAUUUUCAG